AUGUCGUCCGCUUCGUCAAUUAGGAGGGUAAAAAAAUGGCAUGCACCAGCUAGUCCAAAAAUCAUUAACCUGCCAAGAAGACAUUGUUACACUAGUAGUAGCUCUAGGAGGAGGAAGGCCCGGGCCAAUGUGGCUAAAAGUGUUACAGAGGAGGAAGUGGUUCAAAUGUAUAAUUAUAGAGGAAAGUUGGAGAACUUGUUUGGUGUCGAAAGAGAGUUUAGACCAAAUUGUUUCGAGAGACCACGACGACAAGGAACGGAGGAAGUCGGGCAGCUUGAACAAGAGAAAUGGCGGUUUCAAGCGGAAAUAUUACGGGCCGAGUGUAAUUUUUUGAGAAUGGAAAGGAAGUUUGCUUUAAAGAAAUUGGAAAAAAAUCGUGUUCGCAUUCAACGGACCCUUGAAUCGGCUUUGCAAAAUCUUGCUUCCAGAAAAAAGAGGCUAUGUGAAGGGAAGAAUAUGGAAGUGGUGUUGGAGGAAGAAAUUAAAGAAUUAGCUGAGAAAUUGGAGGAGUUGCAAACUAGUUAUAACGAAAGUGAAGAUCAGGAGCUUCGAAAAUGUAAGAAUUUUGAUAAAAAGGCGUCGUGUUUACAAAGAAGGUUAGAAAGGCUUGGAGGGUUAACAGAUGAUGACUGCAGUAAUAAGGAGAUGAAGAAAGAGUCAAAUGGUGAAGUCAAUGAAGAUGGGCUGUUUUUGAAUGUUAAAAGUCAAAAUAAGUCAACUGAUGUGGAAACGCUUGGAAGGAAAAUGGAGGGGCUGUCGAAAGAAAUGAUAGAUCGAAUGGAGAGGGAGUAUGGAUCCGUCAUAAACAAUUCGGCUGCUAGUUCUGCUUCUACAUCAAAACGGAUUGAUUUUCCUGACCAUCUGUCAUUGUCUAACAGAUUUUCAAACCACUUAAAGGAACCAUUGGGGUCACAAGAGACUAACAAGUGCUCAGGACGGUGUAAGUUGUUAGUCAGAAGAAUAGUGGAGCAAGUGAGGGCUGAAACCGAACAAUGGUCACAAAUGCAACAAAUGCUUGGACAACUGAGACAAGAGAUGGAAGAGCUUCAAACUUCAAAGGACUUUUGGGAGGCUCAAGCUCUUGCUUCCACUAAUGAGAUGCAGUCCCUUGUGUCCAAUGUUGAAGAAUGGAGAGAGAAGGCUGUAGAGUAUGAAACCAAGGCUAACAAGCUUCAAAAAGAGGUUGAUUCUGUGAAGAGUGAGCUUGAAAAGUUUAAAAAAGAUCAAGCCAAGGAAAUGGCCUCAACCCCGAAAAAAACAGCUAUGCUUUCAUUAGGUAAACAAAUUGAACGAGAGACAAAGAACGGGUUAAGUUGUCGAAUGAAGGGACCAUGUGAUGUUAUUAGCAGUAGUAACAGACAUGAGAAAGUUGAGCAAAAUAAAAAAGAACUGCAACCGUUGUCAUUGGGCAAACAACUUGCAAGGGAGAAGCAGAUAUUGAUUUCAAGACUGAAGGAAAACCGAAAGUGCAAUAAUGAAAUCUCUGGUGAUGGGAGACGAAAAGGGUAUAACUUGGUAAGAUCUCCGCUCAAGGAUAUUGGGAAUUCAACAUCUUCAUCAAUGACCAUCUCGAGGCAGAACAGUAAUGCAAUUUUCCCUUUGCAUUGCCCUGACCCUGCAAGACUAGAGGAUAGCUCUUGAAAACAGAAUCGUGUUUACUGAUGUAUUAGUUUUUGAUUUAGUCUAAUAACUCACUUUGUAUGCCUGCCAAAGUUUAGUACUUGUGGACAGUGGGCUAUCCCUUAACAAAUCAUGAAACUCAGACUAUGCAUAUUCUUUAAAUGAAUGGAUCAUUGUAGCAUCCCCUCUA